GGGACUGGUGGCCUGGUUGGUGCUGCAGAGAACUGUCGGGAGCUUCUUAGGACCGAGGACCGAGACCACGGCUCCAGGCCUCAGGGGGACUGCGGACCGUGGGAAGGCUGGCCGGAGAGAGAGGGAAGGACGGGGCCUGGGCCCCGGGACUCCCUGUGCCUUGCUUGGAGCUGACGCCGACGGGUGAGUCGCCCCCUUCCUCUGCUCCUGGGCGUGUUCCUCACCAGCGGCGCGGCGGCGGUCAGGGCCCGCAAAACCCCAAGCCUCGCCAGAAGCUCAGCUCAGCCUGCCGGGUUUCUCUGGAAAGCAGAGGCCCCACAGUGAAUGUGCGGCCUUGUGAUCGGUCCCGGAGAUCUUCCGUUUUUCCUUGCUUAUAAACGUUGGUCAAUUUGAAACUGGCAGCAGAGCAUUCGUGUUACGAAAAGAAGAACUUUAUUGAAACCAGUGGUGGUGUAGAGAAGACCAUACUAACCAUAACUGUGUGUAUUACAGAAGUGAAUUUCACUCCUCAAAAAUGCUUAAGAAACAAGCAUCCUAGAACAGCCCACAUUGUGAUUUAACAAACAUUUACCAAAAACAUUACUAUACGUGGGGGCACAGGGCUAAGAGCAGGACUCUGGAGCCAAGCUGUGGGGUUUGAAUCCAAAUUCUGCCUUUUUUUUUUUUUUUUUUUUUUAAGCUAAGCAACCUUGGGCAAGUUCCUUUACGUGGGUCUGUUUCCUCAUUUUAAAAUGAGUUGUUGUGAUGAUUUAAUGAUUUAGUAUAUGUGAAGAGUUUUCUGCAUAUUCUAAGUGAUUUGUGGUGUUAACGCGUUUGAUCUUUGCAGUCACCUAGGAGAUAGUAUCACCGUUUUCUUGAUGCCAAACUGAGGCUCAGAGAGGUGAAGUAACUUCCUCAAGUCACAACACAACUGUUGUCCAGGAAUCAGGCAGUCUGGCUCUGGUAACCCAGUUUUACCCACUGCAUUAAUUUACCGCAUCCACUUGUUCACUCAGUUUCACCUGACAAAUACUAAUUUUGUCUCUCUGUGGAACAAUUUCUUUGCUGGGUGCAGGGAGUAAAGCAGAACACCGUUCAGUUCCUGCCUUCCCAACGCUUGUAAAUCUAGUGCAAGUUAUUCAUGGCCGGGCUGCAGGGUGUCCAUGAAUCCUGCUAAAAUCAUUUGCGAAAUGUUGUGAGUGUGGGUCUUUUCUUCUGGAAAGAGAGUCUGUGACUCUCAGGUUCUAAGUUGAUCUGUGAUCCAAACAGAGGUACGAAGAAGUGUUGUUUUAGCAGACCUGUGCCUAGUAUGCCUGAUACACAGCUUGAACUUCAAACAAACAGCAACAAAAUUCCUACUAGUUGGAAGAAUGAAGAACUUGUAAGAGCAUAAUAAGUGCUACAGUAGGGUCCAGAGCAGGGUGCUGUGGAAGAGCACACAGAAGGCCACCUGCCCAGGAAUGCCUCCUAGAGGCAGUGAAGGCAGCUGGGUGAAGGGUAGGAAAGCAGUUCAUUGGAACACUGUAGUGACCAGUCUCUGUCCAUGUAGAGUGUUGAGACAGAAACAACACAUGAACAGCUGCAGCUGUUGUACCACUUGUGCACAAGUGUAAAAGUCCAUGGUGCCAUGAAAUCCUAUAAUGGGGACGGGAGGCUUCAUGUAUUCAUGAAGGUUAGAAAAGUUUCCUUGAGAAAGCGACACUUAGGCCUAAGAGUUGGAGCAUUUUGGGCAUGGAAUCUGGCCCACAGUCUUCACAGACCACAUGGUAGAAACCAGUAGAGCACCAGGGACUGACAGGAAGCAAAUGCAGCUGGUGCAGGAGAGGGAAAUGGGAAUUCGGGUGGUAGCAGAGCCCAAAGAGGCCUUGUAGGCCAUGGUAAGGCGUUUCUAUGUUUUGUUUUAUUUUGUCUUUAUUCUAAAAUGCCACUGGCAAGUUUAUUGCAGGGAGCUGACAAGAUCACAUUUUGAGAAGAAGUUGGAAAGAAUCCCAAGUGGAUGAACUGAGUAUCUGAAUGAGGACAAGAUCUGUGGGGAGAGACUGUAAGAUAGAAUGAGUCCAUUUAAGUCCCAGGACGGUGGAAACUAGCUAGUGGAUUGCAGCCAUGUUGUGGAAGCUGCUGCUGAGAUCCCAGUCCUGCAGGCUGUGUUCUUUCAGAAAGAUGCGAUCACCUCCAAAAUACAGACCUUUCUUAGCAUGCUUCACCUAUACAACUGAUAGACAGUCGAGCAAAGAAAAUACAAGAACAGUGGAAAAGCUCUAUAAAUGUUCAGUUGACAUCGGGAAAAUUCGUAGAUUAAAAGGAUGGGUACUUUUAGAGGAUGAAACCUAUGUUGAAGAAAUUGCGAAUAUUUUACAAGAACUGGGUGCCGAUGAGACUGCUGUAGCCAGUAUUUUGGAACGCUGCCCGGAAGCAAUUGUCUGUAGUCCAACCGCUGUUAACACCCAGAGAAAACUCUGGCAGUUGGUCUGCAAAAAUGAGGAAGAGUUAAUCAAGUUAAUAGAGCAGUUUCCAGAAUCUUUCUUUACUAUUAAAGACCAAGAGAACCAGAAGCUGAAUGUUCAGUUCUUUCAAGAGUUGGGACUAAAAAAUGUGGUCAUUAGCAGACUUUUGACAGCUGCAUCUAAUGUUUUUCAUAAUCCUGUUGAAAAGAAUAAGCAAAUGGAUUUAAUCAAUCAUUACCGAAACAAUCUUCUUUGUAAAAAGCAGUAGUUUUCAAGGUAUGGUCUGGGACCACUGCAGACGCCGAAGACCAUUUCAGGAGGUCUACAAGGUAAAAACUAUUUUCAUAAUAUUAUUAAAAUAUCAUAUUAAUAUUAUUAAAAUAUAUUUGUCUUUUCACUUUCUUUCUGUCAUGAGUCUAUAGCAGAGUUUUCCAGAAGCAGAAUGAUGUAUGAUACAACAGACUGAAUGCAGAAGCAGCUGCAAGAAUGUAGCUGUCUUGCAUUAAUCCAAACAUUAAAGAGAUUUGCUAAAAUGUAUAAACCUGUAUCA